AAUAUUUUUUUAAGUUAGGGAUAAGGGGCAGCAUUAUCAGAAACUCGCCCUGGGCAGCAGAAAAGUUUGGCACGCCCCUGGAUAUACGGUAUCUUAUAUUUCUUGUCGUACAGCAACAGUCGGCUGCAGAUGUAAAGAGCCGGGUGUGGAGAUUUACUAUCAAUCAGCUGGUCGUUGGCUGCAUCACGGUAAUCUGCGAUUAGUUUGCGAUUACGUUCUGCUGUCAGAAUAUGGUGUUGAAAUGAAUGAUUAGGAUCGACAUGCAGAAACAUAACAUUAAUGAACGUGUCAACAGGAGAGAAUCUGAAAAAGUGGCUAGUAAUCGCCAUGCAUUAAUACUGGUAUUCUCGGUGGUCAUCACAACUGUUCUCGUAUUGCUGAUUUUCUUUGGGAAGAGUCCAUUGUUGACACAAUCACAAUGCAUGCAGAAACAAUGUUCUUCAGGAAAUCUAGCAGAAUAUUCAUAUACUGUUACAAGACACACUGAUGUUAAUGGAGAGGAUCUUAUGCAUGUACAAGCAAGAGAUCUUGAAGUUGUGAAGAAAGUUUGUGAUUUGUUUGAAAGCUGUGCAGGAUUCAACAGUAAUGGUUGGCUGAAAACUAGAGUUUCUAUUCGUGUAUCUGGACCUGCUGAUUUAUAUAUAAAAUCGGAGAGUAAAAGCUUACCAAAAAGCAACUCUGAAAUUUAUUCAUCAUCUGGUUAUUCUGACGACUACAGCGAAAUGUUAAAUAAAAUGAAGAUUUACAUUUAUGACACCAACAUUGGGCAAAAGCUCAGAACGGUCCGCAGUGGGGGAUAUGGAGUAGAAAGGGCAGUGAUUGACCAGCUCCUCAAGUCUCAUUUCCGAACAAGGACUGCGGAAGAAGCAACAUUCUAUUUCAUUCCAAUUCGAUGCUCGUCUUAUAUACUGGGAUCUUCUAUGGAGGAAGAAGGAAUAAUGGAAGCAAGACGAUAUGUGGGAAAUAUGAUUGAACAAAUACAAACGAUGUAUCCAUACUGGCGCAGAUCUGCUGGAGCUGAUCAUUUUUAUGCUUGUUCCCAUGACAUUGGUGCUGGUAUUGGCAAAGAUUUGCUGAAAAAUGCAAUUGCUCUUGUUAACACAGCUGACUAUGAAGAUCCAUAUUUUAUUCCUCACAAGGAUAUAAGCCUACCUCCAAACACCAUGCAUGGUCCAGGCAGUCUCCCCACUGUUGGCAAAGGUGGUUCUGAUAUAGAUCCUAAAAGUCGAAAAAUUUUGGCAUUUUUUGCCGGAAAUCUGGCAAGUGGUAGAAUUCGGCCAACGAUUCAGAAUCAUUUUUUCAAUGACCCUGACUUCACUAUUAUCGAUCGAGAAGUGUCUUGGAGUGCUUAUCUUAAUUAUUUGAAGCAGUCCAGGUUUUGUCUUGUGCCAAGAGGUAGAGAGGUUUGGUCACCCCGUUUGAUGGAUGCUGUAUUUUAUGGAUGCAUUCCUGUUAUCUUGUCUGAUCAUUAUCACCUCCCUCUUCAGGGUAUUGUCAAUUGGAGUGAAUUUUCUGUCAUUGUGCCAGAGUCACAGGUAGCAAAACUCAAGUCGAUCUUACUCAAUAUUCCAGAUUCUAAGAUAGCAGCAAUGCAAAACGUACUCAAACGGGUUUAUAUUCAUUUUGUAUGGAAUAAUCCAGCACAACCUCAUGAUGCUUUUUAUUCUGUUAUGUAUCAGUUGUGGAAACGACGAGAUGUUGUUCGAUAUUCUCGUAAAUGAAUUUUCCUUCAGAAAACAGGUUAUUCAUUCGAUUAUGGGCAGGUACUCAAUGUUAAACAUAUACCGUAUAUGUCAAAUACGUAAACCUAGUUUUUUCAGCAAUAGAAAUUAUUGUUUUUUUCUCUGUAUCACUGUAAAUUCUUUGGAAGUCGUUAUUCUUUCUUUUAGUUGGAAAUGAUUUGUUUGCAAUAUUCUUUAGUGUUUUAUUUUGAUAUUUUUAAAGAUUAUAUCAUCUUACACAAUAAAUUGGAAUAUACACAGCACAGCACAUUUAAUGAUUGUUUCCAUUUAACGUACUUGUUUCCAUUUUGUGUACUGUUUUUUUUCUAUAUUCUAAUUUUUCACCAUGUCUUGCCAAUUCUUUAUAUUUAGCUCUCUCACAUGACCCAAUAUUUCAACUGUGUUUGAUAAAUUUUCAUUUAUGCAAUUAUGCAAUCAUGACAAACAAUUUGACUUGACAGUCUUUAAAACAUGACCAACUAAUGAAUGGUUGAUAUAUACAAUAUAAUGGUGAGGUCUAGAAUUGGAAAAUUUUAGUAUGUCAACAAAUGACUUUAAAUUGAAAAUAUAUAUAAAGGGAAUCUAUAAUGAAUAUGGUUUAUCAGAAUCAUUAAUUAUAUAAAUAUGAUUCAUAUGUACCCUAAUUCAAGUGUAAUAACUUAUUAUAGUGAUUGCCCUCUAUAUCUUGUUUGUAGUCAAUUUUAAUUUCUAGUGAAGGUGGUCAGUUAUUUGCCAAUUUCUAUGCCAAAUAAUGGAGAACAGCAGUGAACUCAUGUGACCUGCAAUUUAAUAUUACUGAUUAAAUAGCAUUUGUGGCUCGAUCCUGUGUAUGUGUCAAUAUUUUUUUUAUUUGAAGCAAAAUUUAGGUAAGUUUCAUCGAAAAUUUUGGGCACUAAUGUUUUUUUUCAUUCACAAAAGUUUUUAAUUAGCAGAGUGGCCUAUUGUUGAAAAAAAUCCUUAAUGCCUCAAUUCUCAUACACCUCCAUCUAUCUUUACAUGAGAUUAUGUAACUUUUGAAAUUUAAAUGAACUGUUUUAGUGGGACUUUUCAUUGUCUCUCAGAGAUUUACAAUUGGGUAUUUGGGGAAUUUUUUUCAGAUUUUGACCUAAUGAAAUGUUUUAUGUGAUCAAGGUAAACACAUAGUUUAUUUUCACGAAUGCGUACUUGGGUGAUUUUAAACAGGUCAUUCUUAUUUUAUUUUGCACUUCAAUAUUUGUAUAAAAGCAUACUUUUCAUUGUUACUUGAAGAUUUUCCCGAAUAUUCUUGUUAGAUUAUGCUGUAGCUUCUAGGUCAAAAUAUUGCUGUUAAUUAUCACGAUCAAUGUGUUUAUUAUGAAUAUGUGCAGGCUUUUAUUCAUAGUUUCUCUGGGAUAAGUGGUCAUAUACAUGGGUACUUCAAUCUA